AUGUCCUUCAUCACCAGAAUCGCUCUCCGCUCAAGAGCCUCGCCACUCCGCCUCGCACCGAUCAGCACCCGCCCCUUGCACGUAACCAGCGCUCGAGCAGUACUGAGCGAGUCGGACCAUGGUGGGCACCAUGACGCAGAGGACCGCAAAGCCAAAAUCGACCACCACAAGGAUGAUCAAUUGAACAAGCAAAAGGAUGGGAAGGGCCAUUGGAAGAGAGAGUUAGGUAGUAACUCGGAGUCUGCCGUCAAAGCGGAUAGGGAGGAGAUUACAGAUGCGGAACAUGAUGUUGAGAGCCUACAGAAGGAGACAAGCGAGGCUAUGGAGGAUGACCACGAGCAUGCAAAGAAGUGA